CAGAUGAAAGUUUGACACGUUCGAUAAACAGUGAGAAAUAUUUCGCAUUUCAACAUGUCGAUUAUGCCAUUGUGGCCAAAUUUACAACCCAGAGCAACUGAUCCUCUGUGGUUCAACGCCGAUAGACCUUGCGACGAUGAAAGCGAGGUAGCUGCACUUGAAGUAGAACAUCAAGCAUGGAGAGAACACGUUCGAGUACAAGGUUAUGAGCAUAUUCCAAUUGGAAAAACAGUCAGUGACUUCAGAGGAUCAGAUGAAGAGGAGGAAGAGGAGGAAGAGGAGGAGGGCGAAGGAGAAGAAGAAGAGGAAUCAGAUACCCAUGAAGAAGAGGAAGAAGAAUUAGACGAAAUUGAUAUGGAAGUGAGCUACUCGCAACAACAACGAACAUCCAGUCCGACAGAUACAGUGACAGAUCCAGUAUCCAUCAGAAUGGUCAGCACACAUACUGGUCGUUACACUUAAUUAAAAUACAGUCGUUCUUGUUCAAUUCUAACCUCUAUUUCAUUUUCCCGCGUAAUAUCACGCUCUACACGUAUACCACUUAACGAUCAGCAAUGAAAUAUAACCUCACUUAUUUAUCU